AUGAACGAAUACCAUGCCGAUUUCGAUGCGUUUCUCGGCCCGGGGCAUGCUGUCUUGUUCACUUUACCGUUUAACGAGAAUAAGAGGCGGAGGUUGGUGUUAGAUCACCAAAUCACGAUAUACUAUCAAGACUGGGACGAAAGACCAACCAAGACCAAUCAAUCCAUUCAGCAUGCUGUAGAAGCCUGCCACGGUAUGCGAGUGCCUUACAACCUAUGCGGAGACUAUGUUGCGAUGAGUGGAAGGUGCGGGGACCCAUCAUCUGAAUACCUUGAUAUAGACUGUGCCGACUUUCGACACAUCCUGGACUACUUCAGCACUUAUUUCGAUGAAACAAUCCGCGAGACAACUAGUGGUGCCUCUGUGAGGGCUGUUCGAAUUAGCUGUCCCCUUGAGCAGAAGCUCAAGAGCUGUGAACAGUUCCAAUCAGUGGUUGUCGAUCGUGAUUUCCCAAGCACUAAGAUGGUUUCGGGCCUGUCUAUGGCAUUUGAAGAUCCGAUGUGA